AUGAAGGUCGCAUUGAUUAAAGUUAUGCUCGCUGGCGUGGCCGCGGCCUCUAUUAUCCCUCAGAAGAGAAGUGACGAGAUACCUCCGCCUCCAGAGCCCGAGCCCAUUGCUCUCAAGACCCUACUUCUGCCUCCUGCCAUCCCAGAUGACGCUGCCGUAGGUGCCUGCGACGAGACCGCCAACCCUAGGCAGACAGGUUGUCUCGGCGUGACAUCUUACUUCCAGGGAGGCAGCUUCACUCCCGAUGGAAAUCAUGUCUACGCCGAGGUGAAUUUCGUCGGCGCGCCGGCUGCACCGCACCCCGCGAACAUCUACAACGGGUCACAGCUCAUCAUGGUCAAGGCAGACGAUACAACGUUCCCUAACGGCGACACAUGGAAGUGUUUGACCUGUAGCCUGUCCCAUGACAGAACUAGUAUGUGGGACAACCCGCAGGCGUUCCUCGAUGGCAAGCGUGUCCUUGCCGGUCUCCGCAUUGUGGACUGCGGUGAGUAUGACCUUUCGAGUGACGAGUGUACUCCAGAGAGCAUGAGCAUCCAUCCCAUUCGGUGGAACACCAACCCCGACGGUUCAGGGCCUGGAGGUGAGCUUCGAGAACUCCGCCUGCAUCCCGACAAUGUUCACCUGGGCUUCAACGCCUUCUCGUUCCAUGAUGGCGUCUUAGGUCAGAACAUAUUCUUCUCGCGACUCUCAUUCAACCCGACUCCAGAAACCGGCCUCCCAUUGGGCCCUCGCUAUGAUCUUACUAGCGUUACUGUACUUACCAGCGGAGACAGCAAGCCGUCUGUCGACGUUGACGGCGAUAAGCUCGUUUUGAACCCUUUCGCACUCUCGUUGGGUGAGUUCCGAGGCUUCAGUGGGGACGGACAAGAAGUCUUAGCCAUUGGAUACCCAGUAGAAUCAUCAAAUAUAGAUGCAUAUGCCUUUCAUCUUACAACCGGCCGCAUGCGCCGUCUUACUAGCCAUCCGGAGUAUGUUGAUCCAAUAGACAUAUCAAGACACGAUGGUUGGAUCGCUAUUAUGGAUACCAGAGGAACCGACCGCAAUACUUGGCUAUCAGGCAUGCGCCAUAUCCCUCCCAUCACCGAUUUGGUCAGCGUGAGCCUGACAUCCUCGGUACGCAACAACGGCCGCAGAAGGUUCUUUCGACCUUACCUUCUUGAUCGUUAUGGUGAUCGCGGAAGCUAUUUCGGUCAGAAAAUCAACGACCAGGGCUCUAGCGAGCCCGGAAGCGGCGACUAUAACGAUCCUGAGUGGAACGGCAGAGCAGACCCGAGAUUCUCAUUCGACGGCACAAAAAUCGCCUAUUGGGAGGAACAGACAUUUUCCCCGGCAUGUGGCGGCGCCAACCCCUUACCUUGCUAUCCCUCCAAGGAGCGAGACGGGAUCCGCCAGCGCAUAGUUGUCGCGACCUUAACCAGCCGUGAGCCCCGCCAGCCACCCAAAGUAGAGAUGGCUUCCGACGUUGUACCCUGGGGCAAGCCGUACGUUCCUGGCGUCGAGAUCCCAGCUUCCGCGAACCUCCCAGCUGGAAACUACACUCUGGACGGCGAAUUCUCGGGAGUUGCAACAGUUGAACUACUGGCGUUCUCUGAAAUCAAUCCUCGUAUUAACCAAGUCGGCGUUACCUACAACAACUUCUCUGACGAUGGAAAUGUCUUCCUUAUCGGCACUGAGCGUGUCAUUCACCAGCAAGUCGAUACUUAUACCCAGUACUAUGACUGGCACUCCGACCUAACACAGAUGAUUGGGAGCGUGGUCAACACUAAGAAGACUGGGCGCGGCGGCAUCCAAGUGUUGAUGGAUUUCACAGUCAACAACUUUUCAGCUAAUGGGACAUUAGUUACAACGCUAGACGGUAAGGAGUACUACCAGCCUCUGAACUUUACAUAG